AUGGCAAAACCACCAGUUGAUUUUCGAUCGAGGCUAUCACCGGCUCAAUCACCAUCAGAGAAGACAAUCUUUGCAGAUGGCGCAACAACUUUAAUAGUUGGUGCAGACCUUGACACGUCAGUUGAGCUUUCAUUUUUCCAACUCUUCUCAGCAGGAUCUCGAAUUCUCCCAGACUCGGAUGAUAUGGUUGAAGGCUACUUGCAUCAAACGGGUCUUUCAAUCAGCUUAUUCAAGGAUGUAGCCAAAACUAUUUUUGGGAACAUCAGAAAAUGCUUGGAGGAAGCAUUCAACAAGAUUGAUAUUAAUGAUUGGAAUUCCAUUUUUUGGGUGUCUCACCCUGGUGGUCUGGCAAUUUUGGACCUGAUUGAAGUGACCCUUGGUUUGAAGGAGGAUAAAUUGAAGGCAUCAAGGAAAGUGUUGAUCGAAUAUGGUAAUAUGUCAAGCCCCACUGUGAUGUUCAUUAUGGAUGAGAUAAGGAAUAAAUCUAUGAAGGAAGGAAAAGCCACAACUGGAGAAGGUUUUGAUUGGGGUGUGCUAUUAGGGUUUGGACCGGGUCUAACUGUAGAGACAAUCACCUUCCGUAGCAUAACCCAGGCUUGCUGA